AUGUGGCUGAAAGAGUAUCUAAAAUAUGGUGAGGAUCGGCCGGACUGGGCGAGAGUGGUGGAUGACCUACUUGCCAUAAACGUCCCAAAGGAUGUGCACCUAAAAGAGAAGGAGCUAAGGAUCAGUACGUUCCUACAGCACUGGAAGCCUGCAGCAAGAAAACUCGCACCUGACUUGAAAGCCAUGAUCGACGCGGGUAAGAAGUAUGGCGUCCGGCAAGAAGCGAUCGCCUUCAGCAGGUCUGCGCUUCGAGCGAUGCCCAUGUGGGACCACAACCAAACAGAGCGGAAGAGAAUGGGGAGGCUCUCGGCGAAGUCAGUAACAACAAUAUGCAUGAAAAGAAAUCAUGGACUACGCACGGUGGGCGACUUCGAGGGGCUGGCAAAGGCGCUUGAGAACCCGGCCCACAAACCGACAAUGCGAUGUGUAUGCACAGAUUGUGAAGCUCAGGUAACCCAGAGUAGAUGCGCCAACCCGCACCGCUGCUACAUCAGAGCGAAGCAAAUCCUUGACCUCCUCCCUCCAAAAUGGGACCCGAGGAAAGAACAACCGGAAGACUACGAAGACGAGGAUGACGCCUGGGCAAAAGAGCUGGGUAUAGAGGCUGAAGUAGUGGACAGAAGAGUGACAACGAAGGGCCAGCUGAGCGAGACGUUCAGAGUAUUCACGGAUGGCAGACCGUUAUCCAGGACGCCGCCGAGCCUGAUUCUGCAGAGAACUAGUGAGUUCAAGACAAUCGGAACAGACGGAUCGUGCUCACAGAACGGCGACGCGAACGCCAGAGCGGGGGCGGGAGUGUACGUUGCGGCAGAGAGCACGGAGAACAUUGCUAUGAGGCUACCACGGACAAUGCUGCAAACAAACCAGACGGCGGAGAUGACUGCAACGCUGCUGGCGACGACAAAGCUUGAU